AUGUGUCUGGAAAAAUGUGUGUGUGUGUUGACUGUAGAGAGGAAUCUAUUUUAAAACUAUUGAUUACGCCAACCCAUCGACUUAAAGAAGUCUGGAUAAUAUGAAAGGAAAUAGAUCCUUAUAAAAGUUGUUGUUGUUGUGCUGUGUGUGUUGCCUUUAUAUAGUCACCUGACCCAGGGGAGCUGAAUUCUCUGGCUGCGUCAGGCACUCAUGGGUCCCAUCCUCUGCCUACAUGUGCUCUAAGUCCCUGAAUGGUCCCCAGUGCCCCCCGCUCGCCUGCCCGCCGCGUGCCCAUGGCGUCCAGCUGACCCCCCCCUGCAGGAUGACGGUGCGAGAGCGUCUUCGGGAGAGCAUCUCGGCUGCCUUCUACCGGCACGGCCUGCUCUGCGCCUCCUACCCCGUGCCCAUCAUCCUCUUCACGUCCGCGAGCAUCCUCACCUGCUGUUACCCACUGCUGAAGCUGCCCCUGCCUGGCACAGGGCCCGAGAAGUUCACCACCGGCCUGCGAGACUACAUCGUCCCCUCCCAUGAGCCACAGGGAGACCUGGGGGAGCGGCCUGAGUGGUACCGAGGGCCUCCCGUGGCCUACAUCCAGCAGGUCCUGGUCAAGGCUGCCGUGUCCCCCUGGGACAACACCUUAGUGCCGGUGGACGUGUUCCGCUCGCCCCUGGGCCGCGUGUUCAACCUGCUGGAGGAGAUCCGCAACCAUGUGUACUCCGACAGCUCGGGUGUCCGCAGCCUGGAGGCGCUUUGUCUGCAGGUGACUGACCUGUUGCCAGGGUUACGACGCAUGCGGGCAGUCCUGCCUGAACACGGCUGCCUGUUGGUCUCCCCUGGCAACUACUGGCAGAACCAGCAGGAUUUAUUUGACUCGGACCCUGACCUCCUGAAGACUGUCCAGAAGCAUGAACCCAAAGUCCUCCACACCUCCGCUACCCUGAGAGACCUGCUGUUUGGUGUGCCGGGGAAGCACACAGGCGUCAGUCUGGACGGAAGGAAGCGUGCGGUCACCUACACCAUCACCAUAGUGCUCAGUCACUAUGACGCCCGGUUCCUGAGUAGCCUCCGUGCCCGGCUGAAGCAGCUGCAUCCUUCGGUGAACUGCAGCCUGCGUGACGACCACAUGCUGCACGUUCACUUCAAAGAGGAGAUCGGCAUCGCUGAGCUCAUCCCCCUGGUCACCACCUACAUCAUCCUCUUCGCCUACAUCUACUUCUCCACUCGCAAGAUUGACAUGGUGAGAUCAAAAUGGGGUCUGGCCCUCGCUGCCGUGGUUACCGUGCUCAGCUCUCUGCUCAUGUCAGUGGGCCUCUGCACCCUCUUUGGCCUGACGCCCACCCUCAACGGAGGAGAGAUAUUUCCCUAUCUGGUGGUGGUCAUUGGGUUGGAGAAUGUACUGGUCCUUACCAAGUCUGUGGUGUCCACCCCUGUUGAUCUGGAGGUGAAACUGCGUAUUGCCCAAGGUCUGAGCAAUGAGAGCUGGUCCAUCAUGAAGAACAUGGCUACAGAGCUUGGCAUCAUCCUCAUUGGAUACUUUACUUUAGUGCCCGCCAUCCAGGAGUUCUGUCUGUUUGCUGUGGUUGGCCUGGUGUCAGAUUUCUUCCUGCAGAUGUUCUUCUUCACCACAAUCCUCUCCAUCGAUAUUCGUCGCAUGGAGCUGGCUGACCUGAACAGACGUCUUCCGGCCGAGGUGGGCAUGCCCCCUUCCAAACCUGGCCCUCUGCGCCCCCGAGAGACGCCCCCUCCCCCGCGGCCCUCCCCCCACACAAUCACACUCCAGACGCCGGCCUUCCGGAACCUUCGGCUGCCCAAGAGGCUGCGGGUGGUCUACUUCCUGGCCCGCACCCGCCUGGCCCAGCGGAUCAUUAUGAUGGGCACGGUCAUCUGGAUUGGGAUCCUCGUCUACACUGACCCUGCCGGCCUGAGGACCUAUUUGGCCGCCCAGGUGUCCGAGCAGAGCCCCCUCGGAGAGGCUGGCCUGCCCCCCCACCUCGGGGUGGCCCCGGUCUUCCCAGGAGGCGACCCCACCAGCACUCUGAGCGUGCUCCCCGCCCCCGAGCCCACCCCCAUCCCCGAGAACCAAUCGCACGGCCACGGCAGCCACGACGGCCGCAGCCCCCAGAUCGUGUGGGGCCCGGAGGACGAGGAGGGCUGGAGGAGACUGUCCUACCGCCACUGGCCCUCGCUCUUCAGCUACUACAACAUCACGCUAGCCAAGAAGUACAUCAGCAUCCUUCCGGUCAUCCCGGUCACGCUGCACGUCACGCCUCAAGAGGCCAUGGAGAUGCGUCACCCCCAGGACACGCGCCACGCCCCUCCCCCGCACCCCAGGGCCCCCGACCUGCAGACGGACCUCACCCUUUACAAAGUGGCAGCUCUGGGUCUGUUUGCAGGGGUGCUCCUGGUCCUGCUGCUCUUCUGUCUGUACCGCGUGCUGUGCCCGCGGAACUACGGGCAGAACGGGGUGUCUCACGGGAGACGGCGGCGCGGAGAGCUGCCCUGCGACGAGUACGGCUACUCGCCACCCAUCAGCGAGAUCUCACCACUGCUGCUGAGAGGACACAGCAUGGACAUCGAGUGUUUGGCUAGCGACGGAAUGCUGCUGGCCAGCUGUUGCCUGGCAGGACAGAUCCGCGUGUGGGACGCCCAGACAGGAGACUGCCUCACCGUCAUCCCCAACAACGGGCUGCGGCGCAGCAGCAGCAGUAGUGGAUGGGAGCAGCGCGACGGCUGGGACUCAAUGUGCGGCCCCGAGCUGGACGGCCUGUGCAGGAUGGACGGGAGGGAGGCGGCGGCCGGCACCGACGCGGACGGCUUCCCCCUGCGGCGGCGGGUCACCCCGACCCGGCCGGCCCUGUUCGGAGACCAGCCCGACCUGACGCAGCUCAUCGACACCAACUUCGGCGACCUGCCGCCCUCGCAGGAGCACCCGGCGGCCGGCUACGACUUCGGCGGGCUGGUGGAGAAGGCGUACCAGGAGCACGAGCCCUCGCCGCCGCUGAGCUACACGCCGGUGGGCACUCCCCCGCAGCACCACCAGCACCUCCACCACCACCACCAACACCACCUCCACCAGCGGCGCCGCAGCCUGGGCGACCAGCCCACCCUCACCCCGGAGCGCCCCGCCGCCGGACCCCCCGACUGGGACAGCUCCGUGUGGGCCAUGGAGCUCAGGGGCAACCUGAUCGCCGCAGGGAGGAGCAGCGGGAAACUAGAGCUGUGGGACGCAGUGGAGGGCUCCUUGAGAUGCAGGAACGAGGAUGGAGUUUCAGGGAUUACCGCACUGGCCUUCCUCAACAACAGGAUUGUAGCAGCCCGGUUGAAUGGAUCUUUGGAUUUCUUCACCGUGGACAUUAACAAGCCUCAUGGCUUGCUUCAGUAUCGUGGCCCCCCUGGGCGUGGCAGUCUGCCCCCCUCGCCGUGUUACAGCAGUGAGGACGUGAUCAGCUGCCAGCUGACGCGCUCGGUGCAGUGUGCCCACCAGAAGCCCAUCACUGUGCUCAAAGCCGCCGCCGGCAGGGUGGUCACGGGCAGCCAGGACCACACAGUCAGGGUGUACCGUCUGGAGGACUCCUGCUGCCUCUUCACCCUGCAGGGCCAUUCUGGAGGCAUCACUGCCAUCUACAUAGACCAGACCAUGGUUCUGGCCAGUGGGGGGCAGGAUGGAGCCAUCUGUUUGUGGGAUGUCCUGACGGGAAGCCGGGUGAGUCAUGUCUACGGUCACCGUGGUGACGUGACCUCACUGGUGUGCACAACUUCCUGUGUGAUCAGCAGCGGGCUGGACGACCUCAUCUGCAUCUGGGACCGUAGCACUGGCAUCAAGCUCUACUCCAUUCAGCAGGAGGUGGGCUGCGGGGCCAGUCUGGGGGUGAUCUCGGAGAGCCUGCUGGUGACGGGCGGUCAGGGCUGCGUCUCCUUCUGGGACCUGAACUUUGGGGACCUGCUGCAGACGGUGUACCUGGGCCAGAGCAGCGAGGGCCAGAGCGUCCGGCAGCUGCUGGUGCUGGACAACGCCGCCAUCGUCUGCGACUUUGGCAGCGAGCUCAGCCUCGUCUACGUGCCCUCCGUGCUGGAGAAGCUGGACUGAGCGUGCUCAGGAGGAACCGGAGAGGAUGGCGAGAGGGACCUCUCUCAGGCCGGAGGACUUGCCACGGCCUGACUGCACUGAUGGCGCUGUCUCUCGCGCUCUCUCUCUCUAUCUCUCCCUCUCUCUCUCUCUUUUUUUAAAAACCCGUCUGUCUUUUUUUCUGUCUGAUUCUCAGCUGUGGUUUGAGCUUUCACUUGUUUGUGUUUGUGUAGCACUCUUCUGCUCUCGCCGUACGUAGACACACAGGCGAACGAAUAGCCGGCAGUCUGUCCAGGGCAGAUGGACAGACUCCUCCUCCACAGAGGGGCUCUCUCUAUGAAGCAGAACUGCCUUGGGUGGAGGGUUCGAAAUCAUUUCUUUUUUCUUUUCUUUUUUCUCCUCUGCUGGCCUCUAGCUUUUUUUUUUGAAGCAGUUUUGUAUUUUUCUGGUAGGACAUGGACUUGUUCCAGCAGAAUGUGUUUCUACUCCUCAGAGGAUGGUGCGAGUGCUGCUGCUGUUGCGUGUUGAUCCCGUGUAGGCACCACGUAGGCCAGCCGGAGCGCUCUUCUCGGCAGAGCGGAGCAGCAGCCCGUCCUCCGUGUGGCGUACCCACGGUUGGGAACGCUGUGCAGCUGUAUGCCCAAGGACAGCAGUCACGAGCGGGUGUGUGUGUGUGUGUGUGUGUGUGUGUGUGUGUGUGUGUGUGUGUGUGUGUGUGUGUGUGUGUGUGUGUGCGCGUGCGUGUGUGUGUGUGUGCGCGUGUGUGUGCGUGUGGAGUUCGAAGGUAAUAGUGCUUGGUGACAAAUGAAAUGCGAAGACACUGCUGAUGAGCAUAAUCUAAAGCUAUAUGUUUGAGUGGUUUGCGGAUGUGGUUGUGUUGAAAGAUACUGUAAUCAUUGAUGCCUCCAGGGGGGGUUGUUAGUUAUUUUUUAAAUGUUUAAAUCUAUUAUUUAUUAGUGAUGGAUUUAUAAACAAUUUUAACACAAUUUGUAUGAAACUGUACUAAACUUGACCUUUGACCCUUUGCCUCUUGCAUAAUAAUUGAUGGAGACGAGGUCAGGAGUGUUGAAGUAAAAAUCGAAUCUUUUAAUUGAUGAACUUGAACAUCUAAUAAUAAUGACGAUACAUAUGAAAUUAAUAUCAACAGGAGCUGAGAGUGUAGAUUAAAGGUGAGACGGUCUUUAUUGUCGGUGGGUGCUUGACACCUCAACCCCAUGUAGCUGUACUCCUGGGAACCCCAACCCAGAGUCUUGAUUCAGUGGACGUGUACAGAGUAUAUUUGUGCUGGUGAUCCGUCAUCACGAUAUGUUUGCGUCGGUCACCGUUAAGCUGACCUCUAUAUCAUUGCUAAUCCUUCCCUUCAUACUCGUAGCUGGGAGGCCCGCCAAAACACUGGCUGUCCAUAUGCGCUUUAGGCAAUGACUGUAGCUGUUAUCGAGGGAUUGGCCAUUUAUUAUUAUUUUUCCGUGUUUGUAGAAUGGCUCAUCCUGAUCGCUUGCCAACCUUCUUUUACCUUGGCUGAUUGGAAGGAUGGGCCAGUGCAGUCCGGCAGUUUACAGAGGGCAACUGUAGCAGCUGCUGUUCCAAGAGAGUUGGGUCUGUCGUGGAGCUGUGGACAGGGACCAGAUGAGAGCGUUACUGUAUUUUAUGUUUAAGGGAAGCAACAAGUCUGAUGGUUUUGAGACGACGGGUCUGGACCAGGUGAAGGCAGCAGAAGCCAGUUUAAUUCUCGUCUCUGUCGUCGAGUCCACGUGAGCGGACUGGUUCAUGGGAGGGUGUUUCUAGAGACGUUCGAGCAGUACAGCAGUCUCUUUAGGCCUCUACUCCUCCACUAAACAAACAGCGUAUGGAGAAUGUACAGCUGCAGUCGGUUCUGCAGCCACACAAACACACAUCCACACUCUCACGCCACACAUACAAACGUCUCACGUAACACGCACACUCAAAACACUAACACACACAUUAACAUUUGCACAUCCAAUCCAUGUAUGUAAGUGGAGACAUUAAGACACUAAUACAGAAUUACACAUAUUCUCAAAUGCCAUUUCUCCACAUUUUCUUUGGGUCCUCAAAGGAUCACAAAUAUAGUUAUUUAAAGCACCUUUGAAAACUAUUGAAUUGUAUCCAUGGUUGUUUGGAUGCUUAGUUGUGCUCAACAGCUUGGUAGACAACCACAAAGGUUUACUUUACAAGGAUUUGAUUGGUUUGGAAAGCAAAAACACCCAUACAAGCAAGUAGGAAUGCACAGAACAGACAGCAACGUCUAUUGUAAUUUAUUAGCUUUUUUUCGAUGUAAAUAGUGACUGAGAAAGCUUUAGAUUAUUUUGUAGAUUUUUUAUUAGUAUAAAUUAUUUGUUUUUUGUUUUUUUUCAAGGUUCUCCAAAAACCAGAUAGAAAUGAUGGUUGAAAUGUGAAUUAUGAUCUUGGUAGUGGGGGUGGGACAGUGGCACUUUUUGUCAUCUUUCCCUGUUGGUCUCUUUUAGUGUUGUGAAGAAUGCUGUCCAAAUUCUCUCAGUGAUUGAACCUCUGACAGUCGAGUAGCAUGUAGUCAGAUUUAGCCUUACAGUUUUGAGCCCGAUCACCACCACCUGAAUCCAGCCAACCCAUAGCAUUCCUUAGAUGUUUUUGGUUAUUAGAUUCGUAGCACACAAUCAGAAUCCUCGUAGCCCAGUGGCCUGCAGAUAACUGGUUUGUGUGUGCUCACAUGAGCCGGUGGUAAGUGGUUAACACGCCUCCUCGCUGGGAUGACUAUUCAAUGGAGUGAGCCGCCAAGCUGGUUUUGAAUGAGAUACCUGCGGUAAUGUGGCUAUCCUGGCGUAAUGGGCCACCUGCAUUUGUUAACUGACCCGGCCUCCGGUUUCAUAGGCUCAUUAUGGGACAUGAGUACAAUGCAGUGCAUCGAUCCUGUCCAUGUAGGGGACCAUGCCAUUGUCACAAGCUUUAAGGCUGCACUGUGUUCUCUAUACUUUUUCCUUUUCCUGAUUUGUUCAUCUACAGACGAAGGUUGUUCGGGUUGAUUAGAACGAAAAGGAUUUGUUUAUCCACCCCUUCUUUUCUUGCCAUUUCAGGGUGUCCCCACAUCCAUGUGUGGCAUCUGACCACCAGGUGGCCAGUCAUGGCUCACAGGCACGGCUCACUCAGGUUCACUCAGUACCCUGUAGUCAGUAUUCACUGAAUCCAGUCAUUGGACCAAGGCUCAUUUUAUGGAUGGUCUGACAAGUAGUGGCUAUAGCCAUUGUACACAAGAUAAAGACUUGGAUACAUACCCUAGUGAUGCAUAGAGAUGCCUCGGAUCAUCUCAUCACUUCAGUAUCAAUUUUGGUCAGAUGUGGGCACCAUUUAUGGUAAGAACAGCUUUUGAGCUGUUAUGCUUUCCUACUGUAGGUGUACAUUGGAAACAUCUACUUUUUCCAAGUCAAAGAAAAAUUGGCAGCUUGACCGGAAUAUUGAGCCUAUAACUUCCUGCUGGCAAAAAUAUCUUCUUUCAUACAUAUAAUUUUGUGAAGAGAGUUGGAUCAACUCUAGAAGACUUCAGACCGGACCUUUACUGGCACGAGAGUUCUUCUUUCAUGACCUAUCGAGUUUGAUUGUGCAUUUGGGGAGACGACCACGGUUGCACUGCAGACCUAUGGGGGUUGAUGAAGAAUGUUUCCCAGGGGAGGGACAGAGAAAGAGAGCGAGAGAGAGAGACUGGGUGUACAUUUUUAUUUUGCUGUGUGUGACUGAGGCUUGGUGUGACUCCCUCCCCGUCCCAUUGCUACAGAGUGGCAGGAGAACUUUAGAGGAUGUAACUAAUAAUGCUCUGUACUAUUUUUAACACAGGAAGAAGACUUUGUACUAAUUUACAAAUAAAAAGGCUUUGAUACCUUAAA